GAUAAUGAUUUGCAUUCACUAAUAUACAAAGGCGAAAUUGGUAUCAAUCAAUUACUCAUUUCUAGAUUGUCAGGUAUGCAUUUAUUGGAUGUACUAUCGAUUGCCAAUUUCUACACUCCUGAUAACUCGAUUAAGGAACAUUUGUUUAAAACGGCCAAAUAAAAUUACAAAUCAGAUUAAGAAUUCCCAAAAUUAAUUUAGAGAUAUGAAUUAACACUAGCUAUAAUAGAAAGCGAAUCGCUUAAUGAAAAAGUAUUUUUCAUCACAAAUUAAUUUUUAGUAAUAUAUUUCCCUGUAUGCAACCAUCAUGAAAACUAAGAUUAAGGAAUUCUUCACAAAUCAAAAGAACCAACUAUUUUGCAAUGUCUAUAUACCUCCUUAAUACACCAAAACUUUAACGAUAUUUUGUUAUAGUCCCAAUUUAACAGGAUAUUUAGCCUUAGUUACAACAGAUCAAAUGAAUAAAUUAAUAGCCAUGGAAGAGAUGAUACCCUAAAUAGACAAUUAAGAAUAUGUGAAAUCAUACGCAUUUGAUUAGAUAUUCUAAGAUGUAAAUAUUAGUAUAACCCAUAGAAUAUUGUACUACCUUAAAUAAACAAUACUCCAGAAAAAGAUUAGUAGAAAUUGGUAAGAAGACACAAGAAGUCAUUAUCAGAACACUAAAUUUUUGAUUUUUAGUGGGAAUAAAAAGAAUAAUAGAUGAUCACUUAAAUGUAGACUCUCCCACAAGAUAGAGCAUGUAAUUCUUUUGAUUUACUUUAGUAUUUUUUUCAUAAACAAAAUAGCAGGCUUUUGUUUAGGAUGAUUAUCAAUUUCCAUCAUUAGAUUAGAUAAAUUCAUUUAAACAAUUUUCAUCAAUUUAGGAAGAAAAGAAAAAAACUGAACCAUCUUCAUUAUAAUAACAAUCUGCAUUUAGAUAUGACGAAGGAAUCCCAAAUAUUGAUGAUUUAGAGUUCUUUCCUCCUUUGGAAUUAGUAUCAACUGCUAGUUGUCCUCCAUUGAAUAACAAAUUACAGAUGACAGAUUAAAAGAAACAAUUAUCUAAUCCAAUUUAUACUGGAAGACUUAAAUUUUUCGAUGAGUAAAAGAAUUAUGGAUUCAUUGUUAUGGAUGAAGAUAAAUCAGAUAUAUUUGUUCACUUAGAUGAUUUAUAAAAGGCGGGUGUAACUAAAGAAGUUUUGAAGACUUCAAAGCAAGGAUCGAUGUUAAGGUAUGAUAAUCAUAACAAGUAGAUUCUAAUUUAAUUGUAUGGUGUAUGUUGGGAAAUAUAAAAAGUCGAGAAAAGCUGUUGAAUUGAAAUUACUAGCGAACUAAUAAGUGAAUAACUUUAAGGGGAUUGCCUGA